CCAUCGAGAGGCUCGUGGCCGAGCAGCAGUGAGGGAGCGUCCAGAUGUCCAGAUGUUGUCCAGCUGCAGCUGCUGACUGUGAAUGAUUGUGCUGUUUGUGUGUCGUGUGCUUGAGCAGAAUAAACUGGACUCUCUGGCAGGAGACGCAGAUAUCUCGUCUGUCAUGGGCUUCUCGGGGUUCGGGAAGAAAGCUCGGACCUUUGACCUGGAGGCCAUGUUUGAGCAGACGAGGAGGACGGCCAUCGAGAGGAGCCAGCGUGUGGAAGAAGAGCGUCUGAAACACGCAGCGGAGGCCAGCAGCGGCUCGCAGAGAGACACGCCGUCCACGUCAGCUUCAGCAGCAUCCCUACGGAAGCAGAACCGUGUCAUCGGUCCUCCACUUCCUCCUGCGCUCGGCGCUCAGAUGGAGGAGGACGAUGAUGAUGAUGAUGAUGAUGAUGAUGAUGAUGAUGAUGAUGUGGUCGGGCCGCCGCUGCCGCCCGGAUACAAACACAGCACCGCUGAUGAUGACGAUGACGACGAUGACGAUGACGAUGAUGAUGAUGAUGACAAUCCAGUGAAGAAGAUCCCAGACACUCAUGAGAUCACGCUUCAGCACGGCUCUAAAAGCGUGUCCGCUUUGGCUCUGGAUCCGUCCGGCGCUCGUCUGGUCACCGGAGGCUACGACUACGACGUGAAGUUUUGGGAUUUCGCCGGGAUGGAUGCGGCGCUGCGUGCCUUCCGAUCCCUGGAGCCGUGUGAUUGUCAUCAGAUCAAGUCUCUGCAGUACAGCAUCACCGGGGACGUUAUUCUGGUGGUGGCCGGAAACUCGCAGGCCAAAGUUCUGGACCGUGACGGAUUCCAGGUCCUCGAAUGCGUCAAAGGAGAUCAGUAUAUUGUGGACAUGGCCAAUACCAAGGGUCACACAGCGAUGCUGAACGAUGGCUGCUGGCAUCCCAAAAUUAAAGAGGAGUUCCUGACCUGCUCCAAUGACGGGACGGUGCGGACGUGGGACCUGAACUCGGAGAAGAAGCACAAGGCUGUGUUCAAGCCUCGGUCGCUGCAGGGCAAGAGAGUGACGCCCACCUGCUGCACUUACAGCCGUGACGGCAAACUCAUCGCCGCCGCCUGCCAAGACGGGACCAUACAGAUCUGGGACAGGAACCUGAGCGUUCACACUAAGUUCCACUGCCGCCAGGCUCACGCUGCCGGGUCCGACACAAGCUGCCUCACUUUCUCUUACGACGGAGUAACCCUCGCAUCACGAGGAGGAGACGACACUCUGAAGACGUGGGACAUACGCAACUUCAGGAAACCUCUCGCUGCUGUCACCGGCCUGACCUCCUUCUUCCCCAUGACAGACUGCUGCUUCAGUCCGGAUGAUAAACUGCUUCUGACGGGAACCUCGGUGAAGAAGGACGAAGGGAACGGGAAGCUGCUGUUCUUUGAGCGGGAAUCUCUGCAGAAGGUCUAUGAGAUUGAAGUGGCCGAUGCGAGCGUCGUCCGCUGUCUUUGGCAUCCCAAGCUGAAUCAGAUCAUGGUGGGGACGGGGAACGGCCUGGCGAAGGUCUACUACGACCCGGUCAAGAGUCAGAGAGGUGCGAUGUUGUGUGUGGUCAAGAGCAAGAGGAAGGAGAAACACGCCGAGACGCUGACACAAGAUUAUAUCAUCACCCCACACGCUCUGCCCAUGUUUCGUGAGGCCCGGCAGCGCAGCACCAGGAAGCAGCUGGAGAAGGACCGACUGGAUCCGGUCAGAUCCCACAAACCCGAGCCGCCUGUGUCCGGACCAGGUCGAGGCGGUCGUGUGGCGGCUCACGGCGGGACACUGUCCUCCUUCAUCGUCAAAAACAUCGCCCUGGACAAAACCGACGACAGCAACCCGCGAGAGGCCAUCCUGCGCCACGCCAAAGAAGCGGCUGAGAACCCGUACUGGGUCGCCCCGGCCUAUGAACAAACGCAGCCGGAGCCGCUGUUUGCCGAGGAGGAGGAAGAGGAGGCCGACGAAGAUCAGCCCGAAUGGAAGAAACGCAAGAUCUGAGGAGGUUUCGUCUUCCGUUCAGACUCUGAGUUUGUGGCGUUCAGAGGAUUCUCUCACACACUUUCCAAACCUCGUGAACACACACAGUGCUAAGUCUGAGUCUGAGCAGAAAAUACAGCGUGUUGUAGUAAAACUGGUCUUUUUUUUUGUUAAAUGUCAUUUACAGCUCAUACAGAUGAUUCAUUAUUGUCUGAUUUAAUAUUUUGACAGGUUUUUCUUUUGCAUUUUUGUCUUUUAGAUUAUAAAUAAACCUGUUGUGUGGCCUGUUUCUCGUACAAACACCGUUUUCCGUCUUUUUUGGUAUUUGUGGGUUGAAAAGCAAAAAUGUGUGUGUUUUACAUUCGGUCAAGCUUUAGUAAAUAGAGUUGGAUAUUUAUAAUUUUUUGCUCGGAGCUGAAUGACAGUAGACGUACGUAUCGUGUGUCAGAUCACAUGUUUGCGUGACGCUCUUGCGUGUAAACAUACGGGACGUCACGCUAUCACAACACAUUCCUUUCCGUUGAAUGUCCCGAGCGUUGCUCCCCGAACGACUCCUCGUCUUCCCCCAUGAGUCACUGCGCUCUAUAAAUAUUUAUUUGAAAAAAAUCUUUAGAUACUUCGUUUGUUAUUAAAGCUCGAGCUCUUCAGGAUCUCAUUGUGUCUGAGAGAAGAUUUGUUUUCUGUUGGUUGAAUAUUUAGUGUGAUUUUAAUAUUCGGUUUAGUUUUUUUCAUUAGCAAUAAUUUUUUUACAUUUUUUUUUAUCAUUAGCAAUCAAUAAUUUGUUAACAUAUCACAUGUCAAUGU